AUGCUUAUAAUAGGUCUAGAAUCGGUAAUUUAACGUUUGUAGCACUGUUUUAAAUAAUGCUUAGAAGUGGCCUACAAUACAAGUUUUAGUGCUCGUGGAGGCUCUACGUAGACCAAAACAUCGAUUUUCGACUUGCCGCAUUUUUUUCAUUUUGCGGCAUAACCGGCUCGACCCUUACUACUUACAAAGGAGAAAAGAAGACCGAGCAUCCAAAACAGUUGAUGAGCGUGCAAAAAUACUUAAAAAUUUGCGAGCAACUUUCAACACAUCAAUUGCAAGUGAAAAUGACCAAGAACGGAAAGAUAGACUUGCUGAGGAGAGAAAAGAAAGAGAUGAAGCAAAUGAGCAGUUGAGUAUGUCUGUAGAUCCAGCAGUUAGUGUAGAUAUAUCUCAUUCUGUUUCUGAAGUAGACGAGAAAACUGAGUCUGUUCAUGAAGCAGAGCCAGAAGGGGUAAGUAGAAAUGAAUAUUUACACGAGGGUGGUUGGCAAAAUGUUGACAACCCUCUGCAUGAGCUAGAGUUUGUACAAAAUGAAAUGCACAGUUUUCAUUUAGAUCAAGAACGUUUAGAGCAUCGACAAUGUACAAUGUGUAAAGAACGGCUUGGCCGACACGGCAAAACUUGGCAUCAGAAGUAUAUAUUUGUUACCGGUGCAAGAGAGACAAGAAAUCACCCAAGAAAUUUAGUGCGGAGAAUGACAUGGACCCAGGAACAGUUCCUGAACAAUUGAGAGGUUUGACACAGGUAGAAGAAAUGUUAAUUUCAAGGGUUUGCCCCAUUAUGAGAGUAUAUAGAAAACAUGGGGGUCAGAGGGGGUAUAAAGGACAUGUACUUAACUUGCCUCAAGAUAUUCAAAGUUUCUUGAAUAGGUUGCCUUCUCGUGUGGCAGACUUGCCUGUUUUGAUUGUGCGAAAACAUGGUGCAGAAGACACACAUCAAGACUUUACUGUACGUCGACACAAAGUUCUUGAGGCUGUGUUAUGGUUAAAGACAAACAAUCCGUUCUUUAAAAAUAUUGAAAUUGAUAGAGAUGUCAUCCAAAGUUUACCAGAAAUGGUAUUCCUGAUGAGCUAAGGUAUGUCAUUGAUAAAAAUGAGCUUUCAGUUCAUGUUGAAAAUGAGGGGCCUCCCCAAGACCCAGUAAUGAGUGCUAAUGCAAGUGUGGAAGAGUUAGUUUCAGGAAGUGGCAGUACAUCGUUUAUUCCUUAGCGUCAAAGACAGAGAAAACAAGGUGCGGCUAUCCAAGAUGCAGUAAAUGAGGUUGAUCCGUUAGACUGGCCAUCUACUGAAGGUAAUCUUGUUGAUGAAGUUAAAACAGAUGGUUUAGCUACUAUGGCCUUUCCUACAUUGUUUCCUUAUGGGAAGGGUGACCCGACAAAUAGGGCAAGACAACAUGGUAUAACGUUAGCUGAAGCUUUCAAACAUUUAAUGAAGUUUGCAGAGAUGCUUGCAGAUGGUAAGUUUGAAUGGAGGUUUGCUUCUCACCCUCGGUUUCCUUAUUGGGCGUUAAACAUGAAACAACGGCAUCAGCUGUUGUCACAAGCAAACGUUUACUUGCGUCAAUAUCCUGCUGAUGCAAACAUGACAAUGGAAGAACUGAAGCAGAUGGUCAAUUCCAUGAGUGCAAAUCAAAUGGUAAAUAGGUUGCAACGCUAUGUGUCCAAAGUACAAGGUACGAAUCAGUAUUGGUAUCAGCGGCUGCAGGAAUUGCUAGCCCUGAUUGAACAAAAAGGCUGCCCUACUUUUUUCUUUACCUUUAGUGCAGCUGACAUGCAUUGGCCAGACUUACAGAGGCUGUUGCAAAAUGAUGAAGGUGCAAGCAGAUCUGAGCGAGCACAAGCUGUAAUCGACAAUCCCCAUCUGACUGAUUGGUUCUUUAUGCAGCGACUGCAGGAGUUUGUUAGACAUUGGCUUAAUGGCGUCUUGGAUGCUGAGUGGCACUGGUAUCGAUUUGAGUACCAAGCUAGGGGAAGUAUUCAUUGCCACGGAUGUGCAAAGUUAAAAAAUGACCCUGAUAUUAGAGAAUUACGUUAUAAGGCAUGUGUUGCAUUCCUAGAGAGUGAAACAACAAGGUAUGAAAUGUCACCUGAUGAUUUUGAAUUCCUUUGCGGGGAUGUGAUAAGACAGGGAGAAGAUGCUGAGAAGUUGUUAAUACAGUAAGAAAAAAUAUUUUCCAUAUUAAUGUUUCCAUAUAUUUGUAGUGUAGACCAAGUUAACUGUGCAGAAUCUGUUGUGGGAUAAUUGUUUCAAAAGUAUUAUAACUUUAUCCUGCAAGUACAGGCCUUCAAAUGCAUGCAUGUACCGCCGCAAUACUGGAUCCGAAUUAUUGGAGUAGUUACACAAUACCGGAUUCGCUUCUCAUAGUCAGAACAUUGAAUUUUUAGAGAUGUCUUACUGUACCUCCUACUCAAUAUAUUGCAAUAGCAUUUCAAAAUACCAGGAAAACUGUACUAAGGCAUGCUCCCAAAUUUUGAUAUCAACUAAAAGUGUGCAGGUCAAAUGUUCAUGUCAACUAAAAAGCGAAUUUUGUAUUGUGCAUGUAUUAACCACUGCUGCCUAUUUUGGAUAUUUAAUAAUAUGACUACUACUUUAAAUGUAAAGGCAGGAUAAACUACUGACACAACUUUUGCUGUCCAAUACAACCUGAUAUAUGUACACAACUUGAGUGUACUGGGUGAACCAAGCACACAACUAUAGCUAAGACAACGUAAGCGAGUAAAUGCGAGUUAUACAGUGUCAACUUGUGUGCUUGAUAUUUUACACAGUACAAGUGUACAACUCAAAUUGUACAAGCAGGUUGCAUUAAGGGAAAAGUUGUGUAGUGUAAAUCUGCCUAAAUACACAAAACACUCACCAAAUAUCCAGCUCAUAAUAUAUGCAGAUAGCCAAUCUCCACGAUUUCGAAAGGCCUUUCGCCCAUCUUUUUUUAUUAUUAUGCAUAUUUUAUUAAAUAAUAAGACGGUAGUAUUAACUUUGCUACAUUAAAAUUGAAAAAGUAACAAUAUUUUGCAUGUAAACAAGAAUUCCUUAUAAAAUUCCUUAAAAGGUUUCAAUUUUCCUCAAUGGAAUUUUCAAUACGGCAAUUUCUUUAAUUUUUGAAGAUUUCAUUGGAAUGUAAGAAAUUACAUAAAUAAAAAGUGGAAAUUUAACUGUGGUUAUAAAGGUUUCACAGGAAAAUAUAUUUUCACUAAGUCAUGCAAUGGUGUGAUUGAAACUGUUUUAUGACUUAAUGACUGCAAAUUCGGUAAUAUUUGGCUAAUACAACGAGCGUGCACAUGUUUAAAUAAUAAGUUAUUAUUAUUUUAAAGGUAUGUUGACUGGCUGGUGAAAACUUUUAAUGAGGAAUUGCCAGAUGACACCUGGAGGAUACCAGAUCCUCACCCAUCUGCUGUUAGCGCUACAACAGUGGAUAAUCGUGACAAUGAUUAUCACAGGUUAGUUAAUACUGUAGAAAGACACACUAGAUGCAGUCCAGCGUAUUGCUUGAAACAGAAAAGAGUGGACCUGCUUGCAGAAUGCAGAUUUGGUUUUCCAAAGCCAUUGCAAGAAGAAACAGAACUGAGUCUUGAGCUGGUGGUAGGUAAGAAUACGAAGUCUGUUGAGUCUGAGUUACAUACCAAACGAAAUGAUCAAAGAUUAAAUUCACACAACAGGGUGAUGCUCGAAAACUGGCGGGCAAAUGUAGAUUUGCAAGUCAUUGUAGAUGAGAAGGCUUGUGCAAGAUACAUGGCCAAGUAUGCUGCGAAAGGAGAACCCCGAUCGAAAUCGGCAUCAGAAAUACUAAAAUUGUCUGUGUCCUCAUUACAGAAUGAUGAUCAAGUCUCCUCGGCCUUCAAGAAAGCAAUGAUCCAAGUUGCUGGGGAUAGAGAUAUGGCAGCACAAGAAACUGCGCAUAUGUUACUUAGUCUACCACUGGUUGGCUGCACAUUUAGUUUUGUUACUAUUUCUUUAGAUAACAGCAGGAAAGUUAAUAUUGAUGCAGAGAAUGAAGGCGAUGAGGUACUUCAAAAAUCUGCGCUACAAGAAUAUGCAGAACGUACAAAAUUGAGGAGUAGGUAUACAGGCUUGUCUCAGCUAAAUUUGAUGCAAUAUGUAUCACAGUACACCAAAGUCAGAGGUGAGCUGACAAAACGAGCAAAUCCGUACAUUGUCCGGACAUUUCCAAAGAUUUCUGCUAAUCCUGCUGGUCCUGAUUUUGGAAAAUACUGCAAAUAUCAACUAAUAAAGUUUAAACCAUGGGAGGAUCAACCAUCAAAUGCUUGGAACAACGAAGAUGAAAGUGAUCAAAUGUUUAUUAAUGCAUAUGAAUUUUUUCUUAUGACAGAUGAAUUGGCGGAAGAAAAUGUGUUUAGGUAUUCCGAUGAAACAGACAGAGUUCAUGAUGCGCAAUGUGGUCAAAGCUUUGAAAACGAUCCAAGUGACAAUCAAGAUGAUGACGACGAAAGUGAAGUUGACCCUGAUGACGAGGAGGAAGUUGAUGAUUGGAUGUUGUUAUGCAGAAUUAACCAAGAUUAUGGUGAAUCAGGUAAUCGGAUGUCAGACAAUGAAGCAGUGGACUGGUUUGAAACGGUAAGAGCUGUGCCCAAAGAUUUGUUAAGGGAAUCUCCAGGAUGGAUCUAUAGUCAGAGAAAGGAGGCUGAAGAACAUGGUCAGCAUUUUCGAGAAGAUGAUCAACAAUGUGUAAUUGAUCCGGAGACCCUGAAUGAAAAACAACGCCUUGCUUACAAUAUCAUCACAUCUCAGAAUGGUGAUAAUGCUGAGCCUGUUUAUAUGAUUGUGUGUGGAACAGCUGGCACAGGUAAGACAUACUUAAUAAGUGCAACGAAACAAGUAUUAGCCGCUCAGUGUGUUGUUACAGCAACUACUGGGAUUGCAGCCUUUAGUAUUAAUGGUCAAACAUUACAUUCUGCUGCUCAACUUCCUAUCCGUGAAUAUAGGGAUUUGCAGGGUGACUCACUACAGCGGUUACAGCUGAGGCUAGAAGGUAAAAGAUUUCUGAUUAUUGAUGAAAUGUCAAUGAUUGGACAUAAAAUGCUAUCAUGGCUUGACAAUAGAUUGCGUGCUGGUACUGGAAAGGAAGAUAUCCCUUUUGGUGGUAUGUCAGUAAUUCUAAUGGGUGAUUUUGGUCAAUUACCACCUGUUGGUGAUAAGCCAAUGUAUGUUUCAGGUAAUGGAACAAUAGUAAGUGACCAUGGACAUAGUCUGUAUCUCAUGUUUGAGUCUGUUAUUAUUUUAGAUCAAGUUAUGCGUCAGGUUGGUGAGGAUGCCGAGGCAGUUGCUUUUAGAGCCCUACUGAUGAGAAUGCGAAAUGGAGAAGUGACACAGGAGGACUGGAAACUAAUGUUGGAGCAUUCAACAACAAGUGUACCAAUGGAUCAGUUCACUGAUGCCAUCCGAUUGUACUUUGACAAGAAAAGUGUCGCUGAAUACAAUUACGGGAAGCUAUUGCAGCUUGGACAACCUGUUGCUAAAAUUCAGGCAAAGCAUUCUGGUCAUGGUGCCUGUGCAGCCACAUCAGACGAAGCUGGUGGAUUGGAUGCUGUUCUGUUUUUGUCUACAAAAGCAGAAGUAAUGCUCACUUGCAACUUGUGGGCUGAAGUUGGUCUCUGCAAUGGUUCAUUUGGCACUAUCGAGCAGAUUUGGUUUGCAGAGAAUAUGGGUCCACCGAACUUACCAAUAGCAGUAUUGGUACACUUUCAUAGUUACUCUGGUCCUGCAUUCCUAGAUGCAUGUUCUAAAUGUGUACCUGUGCCACCCAAAGUGUUUGAAUGGGUGGCUGAUGGAAAGUAUCUGUCAAGGCAACAAGUGCCCUUGCGGUUAAGGUACGCAAUGACUAUUCAUAAGUCACAAGGACAGACACUAACAAAAGCUGUUGUUGAUUUAGGUAAAGGAGAAAAAGUUGCUGGAUGUACGUUUGUAGCUACGUCACGGGUGAGAUCGAUUCAUGAUAUUGUGUUUGAACCUAUAUGACAUUUGAUCGCCCGAAAGCAAUUGGUAGGAGUAAAAAUAUGCAAAAACGACUCGAAGCUGAACAGCGACUUAAAGUGCUAGCAGAGAAAACUGUCCAAACAUAUAAUAAGUCACGAGUUGUCAUAAGUUGAAGAGUUGUGGUGUUCAAGCACCAGUAUAGUAUUCUGGGCACAUAUACUGUGCUUUCGAGGUUAUUUCUCCUGUUACUAGGCACAAUUUUAAAGGUGUAGUUUAUGCCUCUAUUAUUGUGUUUUUGAGGAAGGCAUUCAGAGAGUUUGUCAUUGCCUGUUACCUAGACAUAAUAUUAUAUAUUAUGUUUUUGAGGUUGGCUGCAUGUUGACAUACCUGUACUUUAUAUUAAAUAAUAUUAUGACGUAUAUACAGUAUACUAUAAAUUUUAAACUUUGUCUUUGUGUUCUACAUAAUAUUUUAUUUUUUUAGAAAUUGAACCAAAUUCAUAUAAAGGUAAGAUUUUUCUCCUGUUUUGAGUAACUAUUCUAUUGAUAAAACAAUUCCCUUCAGAGCAAGACUAUAGGGGCCGGUUGUACGAAGCCUAUAAACCCAUUGCACUGACGUCAUAAAUCCUUAAAGUGUCCUCCAAAUGCUCCCUAACACUAUUAGUUCGGGUACAAAAACCACAUAUAGCGAAAAAUUGACCAUUUUAAUACAAAAUAAUUAUAAAGUUUUACAAAAAUUGCUUUGUUACAAAAGUUAGAUUAUGCAUAGAUUGCUAAUUUGUCCUCCAGAUGCAUCAUCAUAGGCACUGUGACGUCAUGUGCAAGGGGCCAUUAAAACGAAGGCCGGGUUGCGCUAUCCACCGGUUAGUGAUUUUUUUAAGCUUUGUAAAAUCAGUCGUUGAUUGGUAUAACUCGUAUUAAAGUUUAGUGUUUAUAAAUUAAAUGUUUUUUAUACUUCUUGUGACUAAGAUCACUCUUCGUGGAUAUUGCGUGUGUUACUAUGGUUACCGAAAAUUCACACGCAACAUCCACGUAAAUACGAAGCGCGCGAAAUUUUGGUUUGUGGCUUUUUUGUGAGGCAGUAUAAACUGACAGUAAGUUUUUUCCGAAAAAAAAGCUUUAAAAUUUGUUCAAGUUUUUUGAACACACACUGUAUCUUUGAACGAAAAAUAAUUACACUACUAUUUGUAGAAUAUAUAUGUUUUGGGCAAAAAUAACUUCAUUUACUUCGAGUUUGUCACAACAAAAAAGUUUUUCUUGUUUUUUAACAGUUUUUUUUGUUGUUCUUUACAGGUAUUUCAAAUAAUUUGGCGGAAAGGUACGACUAUAUUUUAAAAUUAUUUUUAGUAUGCUUCUUAGCUGAUGUUAAACAGCCUUUGCUUCAAGGCCAAAAACAUUGCUGUUCAAUAUCAAGAUAAAAAUUUAUUCAAUAUUUGUUUUAAUAUGCACUGGGAGUGGAGAUGUUGUAUUUUUUUUGUAUAAACAUAUUUAUUGAAAUUGCGUUUGCCCAAGAGCAAUAGCUCAUCAAAGGGGCUCACGCAACAUUUACAUUAAUUAUGUGAGAGUUAAAACUCCAUAAAGCACACAACAAAAGACAAAAGCGAUAAUUGGUAGGUUGAACUAAGAAAAACGUUCAGUUUGCUUUAUAUAGUACUGGACAGAUUUAAAAAUAGUUUGGUUCUCGGAAAUAUUCAAUCUAGUAGAACCAGAUAGAAGAAUAUUUACUCGUUGCAAAUCUGACAAUAGAUACCAAUUAUCACCAAACACUUGUGCAGCACUCGAGUGUAAGUUAUGCCUAAGAGCAGCAUAACGGGGACAUCUUAACAAAUAAUGGGCAACUGUUUCAUGUUCCGUGUUACAAAUGCACAUAGGCGACAGGAUACAAUUUAUUUUGAACAAAUAAUAAUUUAAACCACAGCAUCCCAAACGCAAACGAGUAUGCAAGAUUGAAGAAAACCUAUCAUUCGCAAAAUCAUACAACUUAUUAUAUGCUUGAAUAUCAAAAUAUUGGCAUAACGAGCGUUUAAAAACUUUAACAGAGGAUAAAUCACGAUCUCUAAGCUCGAGAUUGUUCCACAUAAACGUAGCCGAAGGAAAAAAUGACUUUUUAAAUCUUUCAGUCCUUGACAUAUACAAGGUAAAAUUUGCAGAAUUUCUCAGAAAAAGGCCCGACCUUUGUUGCACCGUUUGGGGUAACAAGUCUGAUAAAAAGCUUGGUGUAAGAUUAUUAACAAUUUUAUAAUAUAAAACAAGCUUAUGCAUAGAACGCCUGGUAUUCAUAUCUUCCCAUGCUAAUUCAUCCGACAAUCUGGAUCUACUAGUUCCCCUCAUAGCACCCGUGACCACUCUUGCUGAUUCAUACUGAACUGAUUCAAUGAGAUCACACUCACUCAAGGAGCAAUUAUCCCAAAUCACAUCAGCAUAUUCUAAAACGGGUCUUAUAAGUGCCUUGUACAAUUGAUUUAAAGCUUCUCUAUUGAUUCUAAAUUUCAAACCUUUAAAAUAAUUUAAUCUUUUUGACGCUCUUUCAUAAAUAUUAAACACAUGAGCUCUCCAUGAAAGAUUAGACGAAAGUGUGACUCCUAGAUGCUUAUGAUUACUAACAGAUUCAAUGGCUUUAUUAUCAUACUUUAGCUGAGGAUGUAAAGGUUUUUGACAUUUGACAGAGAAUAUCAUAGAUUUAGUUUUAUCUGGAUUAAUAGUUACAAGCCAUUUCUUAGUCCAUAUAUUUAUAAGCUCAAGAUCAUUAUUUAGCUUUGCUGAAGUCAAAGCAGGAUCGUCCACUAUUUCAAGUAGAGAAGUAUCAUCGGCAUAAAGAAAAGAAUUAGAUUGAAGAUUUGUAGUAAUGUCAUUAAUAUAAAUCAAGAAAAGCAAAGGUCCUAGUACAGAACCUUGGGGUACCCCCGCUUCAAUUUGUUUCCAGUCAGAUGACUGACCGUCAAUAAUUACCCGUUGUUUUCUCCCGGUUAAAUAUGAUCUGAACCAUUUCAAUAAAGGGUCUCGCACACCAAGUCGUUCAAGCUUAAGAAGGAGUCCUCUAUGCCAGACCUUAUCAAAAGCCUUAUACUAAUAUCUAAGAAAACCAUUCUCACUUCUUUACCUUGUUCUAAAGCUUCAUAUAUUUUAUGGGUUAUUAAUAUAAGUUGAUUAAUAGUAGAAUCCCCGGGUCGGAAUCCUGAUUGAAAUGGGGUCAGAAAUUUUAUUUCAAGCAAGAAAUUAUAAAGUCUAAUAAAAACAAUUUUUUCACAAAUCUUAGAAAGACAUGUCAACAAUGACACUGGACGGUAAUUGAGUUUAUCCUGGCGAUCGUUUUUCUUAAAUAUCGGUAUAACAUUAGCAAGUUUCCACAUAGAGGGGAAAAUUCCUUGGGAAAGAGAUUCAUUAAUAAUAUGGCAUAAAGGAUUUGUAAUAUUGUCUGCACAAAUCUUAAGUAUUUUAUUUCCUAUACCAUCAUAGCCACAUGCUUUAGAAACGUCAACAUUCUUAAGUAAAAUGUUUAUUUCCUGAGUUGAAGUGGAAAUAUUACCAAUGAACUUUACAUCUUGAAAAACAUCCAAACUCGGUAAAACAGUAUCUGCAUUUUCAAUUUCAUAUACAGAGCAAAAAUAAUCAUUAAAUAAUAUAGCUUUUUCUUUCGAAUCCGUUAUCACUCGAUCCCCGUCUACCAACGCUGGUAUAUUUGAAUGAAUCUUAUUUCCAUAAUGUAAUUUUAUUAAGCCCCACCAUUUCUUGGGGGCUAUUUCCGGGUUUUGCAAUUUCUCAUUAAGUUUAACAUAAAAGUUCUCUUUGGCAGUGCGUAUAUGUGACGUUGUCAAAUUUCUUUGCGCUCUAUAAUUUUCCCAUGCCUCAGGACUUUUAUGUCUACAAUAAUAUUUUAGCAGUCUAUUUCUCUUACGAAUUACAUUUCUUAUACCCGAAUUCAUCCAAGGUUUAUCUCUAGGACGAAUUAUUACUGUUCGAUUAGGUAUGCUAAUCUCAAGAGUUUCACGAAAUUCUUUAUGCCAUUUAUAAUAUAAAUUAUCUAUAUCUAUACUAUUCGUAACUAUGUUAUCAUAAUCAAUAUUAAGUAAAUUUUGACGUAAUACCGCGUAAUCAAUUGUUUUAAAGUCCCAAAUCUGACGUUUAUAACAUUUUUGUUUAUCAGGGAAAACAUUUAUACGAGCAUAAACAAAAGAGUGAUCACAGCCGCUAGGAGGGCUUAAUACAUCAGAAAACACAAAGUAGCCUGGAUAAUUUGUUAUUAUAAGAUCCAACAGGGUUGCACUAUGUGAUGUCACUCGCGUCGGGUCCUUUAUGACCUGAUAUAAAUUAUUAAAUUCCAUCCAACUAUAUAAACAAGCACCAAAAUCGGCGCUUUGUGAUACAGAACCCUCAUCGAAAUGAGCAUUAAAAUCCCCAAGGAGUACAACAAAGGUAUUAGGCAUUAAACGUAUUCGAUCCAAACAAUUUUGCAAAUGCGUUAAGAAAGCAGAGUUCAUAGUAGCACUAUAAUUUGGUGGCCGAUAACAAACUGCACAAACAAAAUUAGUAUUGCAAAUUUUAAAUUCAACAAACAACAAUUCAAAUUCACAAUUUUCGAGAUCCAACCGUCGCCUAUAUGCAAUUCUAGAUGAAAUAUACAAUGCAACUCCACCUGCCCUCCGACCAUUCUGUCUAUCUAAGCGGAUUAUCGGUGCAAAACCUUGAAUAUUUAAGGAAUCACUAGAAAUGCUGUCAUUUAGCCAGGUUUCUGAAACGGCCAAAAUGUCCAAAUUUACAUUAUGGACAAGACAACAUAUUUCAUCAAAUUUAUUUUCAAUAUUCAAACUUCGAGCAUUAAUGUGACCCAUAUUCAAAGUUAAAUUUCGAGGAGGGCCAGGAUUGGUCUCAAUAUCUCCAGCUACCAUCAAUAGUAUACACAAUAUUAAAUAUAAAAUAACACCAUUAACUAAGGAUUUACAAAUUAAAAGCGAAGACAAAUUUGAUAAUUUCUUAUGAAUUGUAAAUACACGUCGAUUAAACACCCCGAUAGCUGCUCUAUAAAUCUCUAAACUAACCCCCAUUACAAAAUUUAAUACACAAUAAACUUACCUCGGGCUGCACAAGUGAACACACAAAUAUCUGAAUAUUAAAAUAUAAUGAAAGCAUGUUUGAGAUAGAAGAUAAAUAAAGCAUGCUAUAUAAGCACAAGUGUAUAUAACAUGUAGGAUGCGGGUAGAAAAAAUUUAACUAACAUUUAACACGUUCUCAAUGUCCUCUACUUUUCUCAGUCGUACAAUUUUAGCAUUCGCUGACCUAACCAGAACUUUCCCGUCUGCGGUCCAUACUGGUAACUUAUCUAGCGAUCUUCGGGCCUUAUCAAAAAGAAUUUUGUUAAAUAUAGUAAGAUCUUCGUUUACAAAAAAUGUAAACAUUUUAUUAAUGAUAUCCUUUAAUUUUUUUUUAUAAUUAUAGCAAAGAUUUAACAAACACAAAAGUAAGUUGCUCCAAUUUUUUGAAUAAGCGAAUAAAACCAUAUUGAACAUAUAGGUACAGCUUGAACUUAUAAACUUGGCUAUUUCAUAACUAAUCCCUAUAUUAUAACUAUUUCAUUUUAGUGGAAUUACCGGAACUGGACGAUCCUGCUAUUCUUGGUAUGUACAUUACAAUAAAUAUGCGGUAUAUAAUAUCUACUCUUUGGUUUUACAUAAAGCAACAUUUGUUCUAGCUGGUUGGACCUCACAUAAAAUUAAAUGGACUUACAACUAAUAGUAAAUACUAGGUGUGAACAGAGGCCAGUUGUGACCAAUUGUUUGCUUACAGUUGUACAGAGGUAUAUUUGUGACCUCAAGGUAUAUUUGUGAGCUCGAGGUAUAUUUUUGUGACCAAUAUUCCAGUGACCAUGCAAAGGUAAAGUUGUGACCAAUUGGUUUUUCGAAAACCCUCUUGGCCGGCCACAAUGAAAUAUUCUCUCAUGUAAACAUGUUAAAAUUCAACCCAAUUACCAAGUAAGUACAAUACAUUGUAGUUGUAGAUUGUCCUCUCCUGCAGUAGCUAUACAAUGUAAUAAAGUGUAUAUACUGUACUGACAAUUUCAUUUUACAGAGCAUCGUUAUAACAUUAUACGGGUUACCAAUUUGCAAUAUCAUGCAUGUGACACAGUAACUUCAUCCUUAACCUUCUAACACAACAUCUUUUAUUUUAGACGUCCAUGUUGAUGAUGGUAAGAAUUCAGUUAUAUAUUUAAAACACAAAUUCUUAAAGCUAGGUCAUUCUGUUUGAGAAAUAAUAAAAUCUGAAGUACUCAAUUGUGACAAGAAAGGAUUAACUUUCAAUUAUUUUCUCCAUGGUGAGUUGUGAAUGUUUUCUGCAAUAAGAUAAUGAUUGAUAAUUAGGAAUAUAUUAUGUACAAUGUAUUACAGAUUAAGUAUAUUACAGAUUUCUUAUGUAUAUUUGCAUCAUUUUUUUUCUAAUUAACUAUAGAAAGUGAAGUUGAGGAUGAAGUAGAGGUCCAGCCAUGUAAGUUAACUUAAAAGUUUAUUAAAAAAUAUGUUCAGUAUGGUUCAAUCAUACUUAUAAUAAAUUAUAUUAUUACUUCUACAAUAAAGGUGCAUGAUUUUAUUUCAGUGAAUGAACAACCUCGACAACAAGAUGCAAAUGGUAUGGUUCUAAUGUUGAUAUACUAAGUAAACAUACCUAUAUCUGUAAUAUGUAAUUUGAUCUAACUACAGUUAGUACUUUUUUUUCAGUUCAAGAACGACAACAGCGUCGACGGCAUGGUAAAAACGUACAUUUUUUAUAAAGUUUAAUUAUACCUCUCUUGUGUAAUUCAAACUAAUCAACAUUCUCUCAUUACAGUUAAUCUUGAACGACACCCACAACGUCGUGACGGUAUAGUUCUUGGAAUACAUUUAAACACUACUGAGGUCUGUUAUUGAACGCACGAUUAGCACUAGCUCUGGGUCAAACUUUAACACAUCGUUUUCGUCUAUAUACAAUAUUUGAAUUUUGCUUUGAAUUUCAUAUUAACCCAACUAGGCCAACCUGUUUUCAAAUAACUGAUCCCAAUUGUCUAUAUUAUCCCAAUUGUCAGGUAUAUACAUAAUAUAUAUUUAACUUCUUUUGAUUCUAUUUUUCUAAUUUAGAAAAUCAAGCAAGGAGAAUGGGCAAUGGUAAGUAUACUCUAUAUUUUGUUAAAUAUUUUGUUUAGCAUGAAAAUGUAAACUAUCAACAUCUUAGUGUGUGCACUUCCAGUAUGUACUGUAACCUAAAUGAAUAUUCUUGAAAAAUGAUUGUAUUUUCUUUAAAUUUAGGACGUUGCUAUAAGUGUGGCCUUCGUGGCCAUUAUGCUGUGGCAUGCCGUGCACGUAUGUACUUUACUAAAACUACAAAAUAUUAUAAUAGUGAUGUGA